AUGUCUAAUUUAGGGCAUGAGAUACUGAUUCCAUCUAACAACAAGAGAGAAAUGCAUGAUAGUCAAGAAAAUAGGGUCAGAUUGAAUGACUUAUCUGACUGUGUUCUACUUCACAUUUUGUCAUAUUUGAAUUCCAUACAAGCUGUUCAAACAUGCAUUUUAUCCACAAGAUGGAAGCAUCUUUGGAAAUAUAUUCCUACGGUUAAAUUGCAUUACUCAAGAAAUUCUCCCACUGUGAAGCGAUUUGACAUAUUCCUUUCUAACAUGUUGGCACUUCGUGAUAACUCAAUUGCUCUGCAGGCUCUGGAUCUUGAUCGCGGCCUUAUUGAGCCUCAGCUCCUCGAAAAGAUUUUAAACUGUGUUUAUUCCCAUAAUGCCCACAUCCGCCAAUUAGAAAUCAGUGCCAUUUCUCAGAGUUAUCCCAUUCUGAGUUGUGUUUCUUCGUGUAAAGCUCUUACAUCUCUUAAGCUCUCACUUUACAAUAUAGGUAAUAAGAAUUAUUCAGAAACGUUAUUUCCAAAAUCUUUGAAUUUGCCUCUAUUGACUAGCUUAUAUCUAGUAAAUUUCACUUUUUGCGGAUUUGAAAACGGUUGUGUCGAACCGUUUUCUCCCUUUACCAAGUUGAAUAGUUUGGUCAUUCGUCAUUCUAAGAUAAAGAAGGCACAUAUCCUCCACAUAUCCAAUGAGACACUUGUUGAUUUAGCUAUGCGUUAUAAUUCAUUCAACUUUGUCGAAAUCCAGCUAUCUACUCCAAGUCUUUGUAGGUUUACUUUUCCUGAUAGUCUUGAUCAGAAAAUAUGUGGAACUGGUCUUUCUUGUGUUAAACACGUAAAUAUCGAUGCACCACAGAAUUCAUAUUUGAUGAAGCAUCGGUUUGUUCUAUUAGGCUGGCUGCGGGACCUUGCCAGUGUAGAAUCAUUGAAACUAACUUCAAUUACUCUCCAGAUUCUCUCCUUAGUCCCUGAUUUAUUGAAAGUUAAGCUCCCUUCUUUGUGUAACUUGAAGUCAUUGGAGGUAGAACUGAUACCUCAUUAUAAUGAACUAUUAAUAGUAUUAAUGAAAGAUGAUAUGUUAAAGAAAGCUAUUCCCAAGUCAUUUGAAGAAGUUGCUAAAUUAAGAAAGGCAUUUAAAGCAGGUUUGAAACUACCUUCUAUACCUGAUGGAAUAGUUGACUUCUUGCGACAAAACUCUCCGUCGGCACAAGUUAUCAUCACAACAUAGUACUAGAGUUGUUUCUGCCGCUGCUCCUGCCACUGCAGCAUGCACUUCCCAAUUUUCAUCUAUGUCAUGCUAAAAAGGUAUUAUUCAUGUUACUGAAACUUUGGUGCUAUUUGCUGUUUUCAUGCAAAGAUUUCCAUUUUUGUGAUAUUUG